AUGAGCGCCCUCCCCAGCAGAUCGGUGCCGUGGUUGCCGUCGAACAACGGCGAGGCGCUGCCCUACCUGUACCAGGUUUGGCAGCCGGGCGCUCCCUCGUCGUCCCGCCACACCCUCGACGAUCCUGCGCCUGCGCCGAUCUGGACCAGCUCUGCCUUGGCGCAUCCGAUGGUGGCGUCGCUGGAGCAGCACCAACUCGACUGGCAGCGCACCCUCGCCCUCCUGCGCAUCGUCCCCGCAGGUCUCGUCGCGCUGCGAGCCAUUGUGCACCUCGUCGCCCGGGCUCACCGACGAUCCAAGGUCGCCCUCCCCUCCUCGUCCAAGCGCAAGAGCAAGCAACGCGCUCGAGACGCCCCUUCGCCGUCGAAGUCGGGCGUCUUUGCCUACUUUGCGCCCUUCGUCACGCAAGACGAUGUCGACCAGCUCCGCCGCCAGCGCACAGAUGUAGCCGACUCGGCGGCCAGCGAGGAUGACGACGACGACGGCCGCCGCUUCGACAAAACCCGCUUCGACGGGUUCCGAAAGCAACGGCGUCGGAUCGUCAAGCUGGCGGCGGUCGGCGUCGUCGAGGCACUUGCCUGGAUGGUGCAGCUGGGCUGGCAGCUUGGCUCCAGCGACGACCCCGUCGGCCUCUUCAACCCAGUGACCACCCUCUGCCUCAGCGCCGGCUGGAUCUACGUUGCCGCAUCGCUGGCUGCCCGCCCGCCGCAGACGCCUCCCGUCACCGUGUUGGCCAUUUUGAUAGCGCUCGCCGUCUCGGCCACCGCCGGCCUGCUCUCCUUCAUCCCCUCGAUCGUCGCCGCCUUCACCAGCGGAAGCCUGGAUCCGCUCAACAUCGAGCCGCUCGUCUUUAGCCUGGCCGACACCGCCGUCUGCGCCUAUGCUCUGCGUCAGGUGCUGUCGAUGCCCAUCGCCCCCGGGGGCUUUGAAGCCCAGGUCGAUCUCGACGAGAGGCUGCGGAUCCAGAGCGGAGAGGUCGUCCAGGACCCGAGCGGCGAACGACCCUUGGCAGACACCUACCGGCUCUGCCCGACGUCGCCAGAGGAUUACUGCACCCUGUACGAGAACCUCUCGUACUCUUGGAUGGCGCCCAUCCAGAAGCUGGCGCUCAAGCGGUCGCUGGGUCCGACCGACGUGUGGAAGCUCCGCUCGAUCAACGACACCCGGCUCCUCUUCCAGAAGUUCAAGGCGCUCGACCGUCUCUUUGGCGACGCGGCCGAUCCUGUAUCGACUUCGUCACAGCCCGCGGUGGUCGGGACGGAAGCGCGAAGGCAUCCGGGCCUGCUCGCAAAGAUCCUGCGGGCCAAUGCCAACGACAUCCUGCUGGACGCGUGUUUCAAGCUGGUCAGCGUCAGCUUCGCCUACCUCGGCACGUUUAUCAUGAAGAGCAUCCUCACCGAGAUCCAGAUCGCCGCGUCGAUGGAAGGUGGCACCGCCAACGACGAUGGUGGGCGCCACGGUCGAGGCGGCGCGACUCCCACCACUGGCCAAGCAUGGACGCCAAGACAGAAGGCGUUCGUCUACGCGACCAUCGGUCUGGCUUUGACCGUCGUCCGGUUCUUGGCCGAGCUGCAAAACUACCACCAUGCCCGGCAGGUCGGGCUGCGCCUGCGCUCGACGCUGGUCGUGUCCAUGUUCGAAAAGGCGCUCAAACGGCGCGACCUCUCGGGUCUGACCCGGCCGACCAAGAGCGACGCCGCGCGACGAGGCGCGGAGCCUGCGCAGACCGAAUCGGGAGCGGCCUCGCAGCCGACCUCGGCCUCGGCUUCGCCAACCAUCGCCCAGGGAUCGCCGGAGGUCGGUUCGGAUGGUGGCGAUGGCGACGGCGACGAGGCUGUUCGCGGGCCGCAACAAGAUGGCCGGCAUCUGGGUGUGCCGCGAGGUGCAACUCGCGGCUCGCAGACUCCCUCGGUCGGCGAGUCGGCUGGCCUCGCCCGCAAGCGUUCGUGGACCGACUCGCUCCGCUCGUUGACGUUGCGGCGGCCGCUGUCGCUGUCGUCGAUCGCCCAUUCGCUGCGCUCAGGCAGGUCGGCGCGGCAGAGCAAGGACGCGGCGGCGGCGGAAGAGCGUCGUCGCGCGGCCGAGCUGCAGAGGGAGGAAGAGGAGCGGGGCGCCGACAUCGGCAAGGUGGUCAACAUGAUGGCGAGCGACAUCAAUGUGCUGCUGCGCAUGGGCUGCGACCUGCACCAGCUGUACGGCGCGCCGUUCGAGGUGACGAUCGCCACCGUCUUCCUGUACAAGCUGAUGGGCUGGAGCGCGCUGGUGGGCUUCUCGAUCCUCGUCGCCGCCAUCCCGCUCAACUACUUCUGGGGCGAGGCGGCGGUGCGGCGCCAGCGCGAGUACAGCUCGGCACGCGACGAGCGCAUGAACCUCAUGACGGAGCUCAUCAGCGCCAUGCGCUUCGUCAAGAUCCAGGGCAUCGAGGGGCGCUGGGAGCAGCGGGUGCGCGAGGCGCGGCGCAACGAGAUCCGCAAGCUCAUCUGGUCCCGCCUCAUGAGCUUCUUGUUUGAGCUGCUCUGGACCACGGUGCCCGUGCUCGUCACCCUGAUCAGCUUCUUCUUCUACGUCAAGGUGGCCGGCCACGAGCUCACCGUCGCCGUCGCCUUCACCGCCAUCGCCCUCUUCACCAUGAUACGCCCGCCGCUCAACGCCAUCCCCGGGUUCUUGAUGGGCGGCCUCAUCGCCCUCGUCAGCGUCAAGCGGCUCGAGGGCUUCCUGAGCGAGGAAGAGGUCGACGCCACCGUCAGCGCCCUUUCCCGAGGCUACGGAGAGGGGUUCAAGGCCAAGCGCAGCGGUGCCGACGAGUCGACCGGGGCUGAGGCUGAGGCCGAGCCAACGGUCGAGGAUGACGACGCAGCCUCGGAGCUGGCCAUCGCCAACGGCAGCUUCAAAUGGCAUGUCCGUCGGGUAGCGGUCGUUGGAGACGGCGGUGCCGCGUCGCCGGACCCCAACGUUCGCUCGGCCGACAUCGGCGGAGAUGCUUUCGAGCUGCGUAACCUCUCGGUCAGCUUCCCUGCGCAGAAGCUGUCGGUCGUGCUCGGCCCGACGGGCUCCGGCAAGAGCAGCCUCCUGUCUGCGCUGCUCGGUGAGAUGCUUGAGACGUCGCAGGGCGCGGUGCGGCGAUCCAAGUUCGACGCCAGGGGGAGGAGCCGGAUCAGCUUUGCCGGUCAGCUGCCGUGGCUCGAGGCGGGCAAGACGGUGCGCGAAAACAUCACGUUUGUGACGCCGUGGGAUCCCGAGCGGUACCGGCUCUGCGUGCACGCCUGCGCGCUCGACGACGACAUCGCCGCCAUGGACGACGGCGACCAGACGCGCAUCGGCGCGCACACGGUCUCGGGCGGGCAGAAGGCGCGCAUCUCGCUCGCCCGCGCCCUCUACGCCCGCAGCGACACGGUGCUCCUCGACGACGUCCUCUCCGCCGUCGACACGCGCGUCCAGAACCACCUGGCCCGGCAUGCCCUGACCGGCGACAUCGCCCGCGGUCGGAGGAUCGUGCUGGUGACCCACCACGCCCAUCUCGUCGCCGACCAGGCCGAGCUGAUGGUGUACAUGCGCAGCGGCCGGAUCGAGGCGCUCGGCAGCCCCGCCAAGCUGCGACAGCUCGGCCUGAUCGCUGCGCACCGCAGCGGCGGCGGCGGCGAAGAAGAAGAAGAGGGAGGUGGAGCCGACGAGGCCGGAACUGUCGAUCCCGGCAGCGGCGAUGGCAGUGACAAUGCAGCAUCUCCGCCAGCGGGCCAUUCGGAUGCCACCAAGCCGGCCGAAGUCGGCGAUGCGGGCCGCACGCCGGGCACGCGGACGCCCCGCCUCCUCUACGAGGCCGAGAAGCGGCGGCAGGGCGCGGUGAGCUGGGUCUUUUACAAGACCUACCUCCAGGCGUCCAAGAUGAGCAUCUGGCUCUGCCUUAUCUUGUUCCUGCUGCUGCUGCGGCUUGCCAGCUCGUUUGAGCAGUACUGGCUCAAGGUGUGGGGCGAGGCGUACCGUCCCGAGAGCGUCGCCGCCGCCGCUGGCGUCCGCUUCCCUCCGGCCGCGGGCCACUCGACCUUCUACCUCGGCGUCUACGGCCUGACGGGCCUGUCGAUCGUCGUCUUCAAUAGCGCGCGCGCCAUCUGCUUCUACACGGCGUCGAUCCGCGCGUCGCAGAACCUCUUCACCAGCCUGCUCUCCAACGUCAUCGGCGCGCCGCUGCGCUGGUUUGACACCAACCCGACGGGCCGCAUCCUCAACCGCUUCGGCACCGACAUGGACGGCAUCGACAAUGUGAUGCCGCAGGCCAUCAUGAACCUGCUGGGCAACUCGUUUGCCAUGGCGGCGUACGUGGCCAUCUGCCUGGCCAUCGUGCCGGCCUUUGUGGUGCCGCUGCUGGUGCUGGCGGCUGCGGGGCCUUGGCUGGUGGGCGGAUUCCUGGCCUCGACGCGCGACAUGCAGCGGAUUGAGGCGACGAGCACCUCGCCGCUCUACGGCCUCUUUGAGCAGGCGCUCGCGGGCAUCGUCACGAUCCGCGCGUUUGGCGCCGAACCGCAGGUGCUCGAGUCGCUCCUCGACGCCGUCGACCUGUACCAGUCGCUCUGGUGGGCCGUGUGCACAAUGGAGGUGUGGCUCAGCUUCCGCUCCCAGAUCCUCGGCGGCGUCGCCGUGUUCGUCGUCACGCUGCUGGCCCUCUCGGGCGCCGUGUCGCCCGGCUCGGCGGGGCUGGCGCUGUCGAGCGCGCAGCUCCUGUGCCAGCUGGCCUACUACCUUGUCAACGACUUCAAAAACAUCUCGACCAGCUUCAACUCGCUCGAGCGCGUCGCCGAGUACCAGACGAUGCCGCGCGAGGAGACCAACGAGGUGGCGGCGCGCUACAGGCCGUCGCUGCCGCCCGCCGGCUGGCCGUCUCGCCGGGCGACGAUCGCGUUCGAGGACGUGUCGCUGCGCUACGCCCCGGAGCUGCCCGAGGUGCUCAAGCGCGUGUCGUUUGUGGUGCAGCCGGGCGAAAAGAUCGGCGUCAUUGGCCGCACCGGCAGCGGCAAGAGCAGCCUGGCCUCGAGCCUCUUCCGCGCCACCGAGCUCAGCGGCGGCCGCAUCGUCAUCGACGGCAUCGACAUCCAGACGAUCCGGCUGCACGACCUGCGCAGCCGGCUGAGCAUCGUGAUGCAGGACCCCGUCCUCUUUUCGGGCACCAUCCGCGACAACCUCGACCCCUUCGGCGAGUACGGCGACGACGAGAUCCUCGCCGCCAUGCGCAAGGUCAACAUCGCCGCGCCCGCUGCGUCUGCGGGCGACGAGGACGGCGGCGGCGGCGUGCGCACCGCCAAGCUGGUCGACGUCGAAGGUGCCGAUGAAAGUCGUGGGCAUGAUGAUGCAGCGGACCAGGACCGGGCCCGCAAUGAUGCGGGCAUCCGCCUGACGCUCGACACGCCCGUCUCGUCGGGCGGCGCCAACUUCUCGGCGGGACAGGCGCAGCUGAUUUCGCUCGCUCGAUCGCUGCUGCGGUCGUCGCGCAUCCUGAUCCUCGACGAGGCGACGUCGUCGACCGACAUGGCGACGGACGCCAUGAUCCAGCGCGCGAUCCGCACGCAGCUGUCCGAGUGCAUCGUCAUCUGCGUCGCCCACCGGCUGCGCAGCAUCAUCGACUACGACCGCGUCCUCGUCAUGCAGGAUGGCCGCGUCGUCGAGUUUGGACGGCCGAAAGAGCUGCUGGAAAAGGACGACGGCGACAAGUCGGCCCUCUUCAAGGACCUGUGCCGCCAGUCGUCCGAGUACGAAUCGCUGCGCGAGGCCGCCGGUCUGUCGGGCGCCUGA